CCGUGCAAAAGAUGGUAUUUUUAUAUUACUCUUUUUUCCUUUUUUUAAAUUAAAUCUUCAAAUCGGCCUUUCAAUUCCUUUUCUCUGAGGUUGAGGAUUUUUCUCGAACGCGUUUCGAUCUUAUCUGAAUUAACAAUGGCUAGUCUUUAUAGAGGGGCAUCGAGGAAGGACAAGCCGAGGGGACGUCACCAUGGAUUAAGCCAACAGAAGAGGCAAGAGAUUAGGGAAGCCUUUGAGCUAUUUGACACUGAUGGCUCAGGUACCAUUGAUGCCAAAGAGCUGAAUGUUGCCAUGAGGGCUCUUGGUUUCGAAAUGACAGAAGAGCAAAUCAAUCAAAUGAUUGCUGAUGUGGACAAGGAUGGCAGUGGUGCCAUUGAUUUUGAUGAAUUUGUGUACAUGAUGACUGCCAAGAUUGGGGAGAGGGACACUAAAGAAGAGCUUAUGAAAGCAUUCCAAAUCAUUGAUCAAGAUAACAAUGGAAAGAUAUCUGCCCAAGACAUUAAACGCAUUGCAAAGGAGCUUGGUGAACACUUCUCCGACAAAGAGAUUCAAGACAUGAUUGAAGAAGCAGAUCGAGAUCGUGAUGGUGAGGUAAGUAGCGAUGAGUUCAUGAGGAUAAUGAAGAGAACUACUUACGGCUAUUAGAAGUUCCACUUACUGCUGAAGGGGGAGAUUAAUUGCAGUCAUGCUGUAGCUGCAGAAUAGUUGUACAAAUAAACCAAAAAAAAAAAAAUGUUUUGCAUGAUCUAUGUACUGGAUUGAAUGUUUAACCAUAACUUUUAAACAUGUAGCUGAUCUCUAUUAUAUUAAGUAAUUUGAAUUAGUAUUUUGUUGGCUUUAUUUGGCCAGUGAUGAUUAUAUGAUAUUCUAUCUCAGUAUCUAAUCUGA